AUGAUCUGGCGCCUACCACAUCUCCUCCGUGGGGAUACGAUCAGCCACACCUUACGCUUCCAAGCCUUGGACAGCACUUUGCUUUUGAUAGAGGACUUGGCACGAGAUAUCAUCGAUGGGGGGCACCGACGCGAUCGUCAAGUUGAACUUGUGUGGAAAACACACGACGCCAGCCCUUGUGGAGCUCUAGUCUUGUCUCGCCGCUUGUUCAAAGAAGUCCCAAAGCAUUCCUGGAAGACACGCGCCAGAUUCAUUGGGGACGAGAUAAUGGGAACCUAUCUGGCUUGGCUCAAACUCGACGGGAGACUAGAUAGGUUGGUACGGAGACGCUGA